UCUUUCCAGUCAUUCACUAAAAAACAAAACGCUCAUCUUUCCUUUCCUUUUAAAAGAACAUAAUAAAUUCUCACCUUUUUUAUUCUCUUCAAAGUUUCUUUUUCUUAUUCCAAAGAGAAAUGGAGAGCCAAAGAACUGUAAACAAAGAACCCAAAAAUCUAUCACCAUGUAGCAGUGGAAGAAGAAGCAGUACGAGCAGCCAUUCUAGUUCACCCGAAUUCGAGUUUUGGAUGGUUCGAAACCCGUCUUUUCCUCAACCCGAUCUCAUCUCCGCCGAUGAACUCUUCGUUAACGGCGUUCUUCGUCCUCUCCAUCUCUUAGCCAGCAAACAACCCGAAGAAAACCCACUAACCGAGCAGAAUCCACCCGCCGCGUCAGAACCUUCUGUACCCGACCCAGAACCCGAAGCCGGUCCUCGUAUAACAUCCCAGUCGCUGCCUGUUUUAUCAGCUUCGAAACGGUGGAGGGAUAUCUUCAAAAAAGAAAAGGGCAAAAACGGAAGCAAAAAUCAACAAGACAAGGAUAAAGAGAAAGAGAAAGAGAAGAAGAAAGAAAAGAAAAAUCAGAGUCAAAGCGGAGGGAGUCCAGCUGAGUUGAAUAUAAACAUAUGGCCCUUUUCAAGGAGCAGAUCCGCAGGUACGAGCGGGACCAGACCCAGGAUGACCGCCGGUACCCGGAAAGUAAGUAGCGCUCCAUGUUCCCGCAGCAACUCAGCGGGUGAAUCCAAGUCUAGGAAAUGGCCGAGCAGUCCCAGCAGGGCAGGGGUUCAUUUGGGUCGAAGCAGCCCGGUUUGGCAGGUUCGUCGUGGAGGUUCCGCUGUUAAGAGCUCCGAUGUUAUGGCCCGGACCGCUGAAAAAGGUAGCGGUAGAAAAGAAGUUACCGAAACUCGUCGCGGUAAAAUUGGGAACAGUGGCAACAACAAUAGUAACAAAGCCAGGGUCUUGAAUUUGAAUGUGCCAAUGUGUAUUGGGUAUAAGCAUCAUUUGAAUUGUAGAAUCGACAAUAACAGUGCCACGGUUGCCGGCAUUGGUACCGACCCAAACGGCGGCAGCGGCGGAAAUGGUAGAACCAACGGCCCUAACGUCGGAACCGGUGGUAACUUUUUUAACUUGCGGAAUCUUUUCAGUAAGAAAGUUUAUUAAGUGUGUUAACCUUUUUUAAGUUGGAUUUUAAUUUUUUUUAUAGUAAAUUUCUUGUUUAUCCUUUUGUUAUUAUUCUCCCUUGAAUCCAUAUGUAAACAUAAAAUGAGUUGUCUUGAGUCUUAAUUUUACAUUUCAUUUGCUA